AUGCAAGGUCAAUCGUCCCAUGCGAUUGGGCCCAGUCCCCAUGAGACUCCCUCCAGCUUGCUCUUGACUUACAGCAUCGCCAUGGUGGGUAUCAUGCAGACGGUCGUGAAGUAUCUGAUUGAGCUUAACAAUGCCACGAGCAACACGGAGCGCCUACUUGAAUACACAAACUCCCUGGAGCAAGAGGCGCCACUGGACGGAGAGCCCGUUCGACCAUCAUGGCCAGAGCACGGUGCGAUCGAGUACAAAGAUGUGCAGAUGCGCUACCGACCAGGCCUUCCACUGGUGAUCGAUGGGUUCUCACUGCAGAUUAGGGCCGGAGAGAGGAUCGGUAUUAUAGGUCGCACAGGCGCACGGAAGAGCACAAUCUUGUCCACGCUCUUUCGCCUGACUGAGAUCGCUGGCGGCAGUAUUACCAUUGACGGCCUCGACAUUAGCAAGCUCGGUCUCCACCAGCUACGCUCCUCGCUAGCCAUUAUCCCGCAAGACCCGACACUCUUCCACGGCACGGUCAGGACUAACAUUGACCCUUUCAACAAGCACACCGACUUGGAACUCUGUGCUGCUCUCCGCGACCGCGAGCGCAUAAAUGAGGAGACGGGCCGCAACGAAUCUCUAGUGACGCUCGACGCCCCCGUCGAGGCCGAGGGGCUCAACUUCUCGGUUGGACAGCGGCAGCUCAUGGCGCUGGCUAGAGCCCUCCUGCGCGAGACCAAAAUCGUGCUGGUCGACGAGGGCACCAGCAGUGUCGACCCGGAGACGGACGCGAAAGUGCAGGAGACCCUCGCGACGGGGCUCCGCGGCAAGACGCUCGUCGCCAUCGCACACCGGCUCCGCACCGUGAUCCGAUACGACAGGGUCUGUGUCAUGGACAAGGGCGCAAUCGUCGAGCUGGGACCACCUUUGGAUCUAUGGAAGUAUGGAAGUAUCUUUAGAGGCAUGUGUGUCAGCAAUGGGAUCACGGAGGACAUGUUUAUCGGCUCGUGA